AUGGAAACAAAGAACCCAGACGUCAAAACUCUAAAAGAGCUACAAUGGCUAAUCCCUGAAAAGUACUACACAGUUCCCCCGGAGUCACCGGGAAGUGGAGGUCUCUUCCUAUACUGGAAGAAAGAGAUCAACCUGACGAUCAACUCAGCGACAAAGAACUUCACUGAUACUACUAUCUCUUAUAAAGGAGUGGAUUUCCACACUACAUUUGUCUACGGUGAACCUGAUCAGACUAAGAGACAAGAAGUUUGGGAUGAGCUUUCUAAUCUCCAGGACAAGAACUCAAACCCGUGGUACCUAACAGGAGAUUUCAAUGAAAUUAUUGAUAAUAGCGAGAAGUGCGGUGGUCCGGAGAGAGCGGAAGGCACUUUCUGUGCAUUCAGAUCAUUCCUGUCGACAAAUGGCUUGUUUGAUCUAAAGCAUUGUGGAAGUUCUCUGUCAUGGAGAGGAAAAAGAUACAAGCACCUGGUGCAAUGCCGACUCGAUAGAACCCUGUGUAACGCAGAAUGGUCCGACCUCUUCCCAUCUUGCCGAAGCCAGUACUUGCGAUAUGAGGGAUCGGAUCAUAGACCCUUAGUAUCUUUCCUGGAUACAAGGAGGAAAAAAGGAAAAGGGAUUUUUAGAUUUGAUCGAAGGCUCAAAGACAAUGAAGAAAUAAAAGCAAUCAUCAAAGGACUCUGGGAGAACAACACUAACCUGGAAGUUGAGGAAAAACUCUCACUAUGCCGUCAAGCAAUAUGCAAGUGGAGUAAGGAAUUUUACGAAAACAGCAGACUGAGCAUUGAGACUAUCCGGAGGAAACUUGAUGAAGCAAUGUCUAACCCAGUCCCAGAUGAGAGGCUCCUGCAAAAGUUAAACAUAAAUUUACUCAAGAUGUAUAAGGAAGAAGAGAACUUCUGGAAACAACGAAGUCGCCAGUUAUGGCUGUCACUUGGAGAUUCUAAUACAGAAGAGCAGAUAUCGGACGUGAUUUGCAAUUACUACACAAAUCUCUUCACAGCAACAACCUCAGAUGGAGCACAGAUAGUCCAAGAGGCGCUCAAGCCCUGUAUCACAGAGAAACAAAACCAAAGGCUAAUAAGAGACCCCACACCAAAGGAGAUCAAGGAGGCUAAUUUUGCACUUAAUCCGGACAAGGCACCUUGUCCUGAUGGAUUCUCUGCAAGUUUCUUUCAGGCUAAUUGGGAGAUAACUGGGCCAUCGGUGAUCAGGGAGAUACAGCAAUUCUUCCAGACGGGGAGCCUCGCAAAAACAGUAAAUCACACUUAUGUUAGAUUGAUUCCCAAACACCUCGAUGCAAAGAGAGCUGAAGACUACAGACCCAUUGCCUUGUGCAAUAUCUACUACAAGAUCAUAUCCAAGUUGUUAGCUUUAAGGCUUAAGGAGGUUCUAAAUUCAGUAAUUUCUGAGAAUCAAUCAGCAUUCAUUCCAGGGAGAGUGAUCACAGAUAAUGUUCUGAUUACUCACGAAGUACUUCACUAUCUAAAGUCAUCUGAGGCAACACAACAGUGUUCGAUGGCUGUUAAAACAGACAUGUCUAAGGCUUAUGACAGAAUAGAAUGGAGAUUUGUCUAUCAGGUCCUAAGAAGAUUGGGUUUUCACAGCAAGUGGACUAUGUGGAUAAUGGAAUGCAUCUCAACAGUAUCCUAUGCUUAUCUAAUUAAUGAUAAUGUAUAUGGAAUGGUUAAACCUCAGCGAGGCAUCAGACAGGGAGAUCCCCUCUCCCCUUACAUAUUCAUACUAUGUGGGGAGGUUCUAUCAGGUCUAUGCAAAAAGGCAGGAAGGGAAGGAACCUUACAAGGAAUUAGAGUGGCAAGAGGAAGUCCACGUGUCAAUCAUUUGCUUUUUGCUGAUGACACCAUGUUCUUCUGCUCUGCCACACCAGAAGCCUGCGUUGCGCUGAAGAAGAUCCUCACAGACUACGAGUGUGCCUCGGGACAACAGAUAAACAAAACCAAGUCAGCUAUUACUUUCUCGAAAAGGACCCCACCAGAGUUGAAAGAAAAGGCGAAAUUUAUUCUUAGAAUUACAAGAGAAGGAGGAGAAGGAAAGUACCUUGGAGUCCCCGAGCAUUUCGGACGCAGAAAGAGAGAUUUGUUCACGGAAAUUGUUGAUAGGAUCCGCCAGAGAGCGGCAAGCUGGAACAACAGGUUUCUAUCGAAGGCGGGGAAACUGACAAUGAUGAAAGCUGUUCUCCAAGCAAUCCCUACCUAUACAAUGUCAUGUUUUGAACUGCCAAUAAGUCUCUGUAAGAGAAUUCAAUCUGUGUUGACAAGAUUUUGGUGGGAUGGAGGGGAUAAUAAAAGGAAGAUGAGCUGGGUUGCCUGGAAAAAGCUAACGAGAUCUAAAGCUGAAGGAGGUCUAGGUUUCAGGGACAUUCAAUUGUUCAAUCAGGCUCUAUUAGCUAAAAUUUCCUGGAGGAUCAUAACUACCCCGGAUUGUCUACUAGCUAGAGUGCUCAAAGGGAAGUACUGUCACCGGAAGAACUUCCUAGAGGUAGAACAACCAUCGACAUGCUCACAUGGAUGGAAGGGGAUACUACUCGGAAGGGACCUUCUCAGAGAUAAUAUAGGCAAGGCAAUUGGAAAUGGUGCAACUACAAGAGUGUGGAAAGACGCCUGGGUAUCUCUUAAAGACCAAUCAAAACCUUUUGGACCAAUACAGGAAAAAGACCUAGACCUAAGGGUGUCUGAUCUACUGACAAAAGAGAUUCAAUGCCUUAAACCAAGCAGAGCAGGGGCGGAGGAUAAAUUCAUCUGGCAACAUCUUCCCUCGGGUGUGUAUUCCACAAGAUCAGGGUACAACUCUGUGGCAAAACAGUCACCAGAAGAUGCAGGCCCACGAGCAACAACUGAGUUUGACUGGAUCAAGGAUAUAUGGGCAAGCAAAUGUUCACCAAAGCUGAGAGUCUUCAUGUGGUCGAUCAUUCAGGGUGCCCUGGCCCUAGGGGAAAAUUUACAACGAAGAGGAAUCAAUACAGAAGCAAAAUGUCCAAGAUGCCAGAGUACAGAAUCGCCUUUACAUACCUUCUUCUUGUGCCCUUUUGCGCAGCAAGUAUGGAGUAAUGUCCCUCUUAAAGAUGAAGUUCACAUAGCUACUGAUGACACUUUUGCAACAGCGGUUGUGAGAUUCAGAUCAACAAUUUGCCUCCCGCCUACUGGGAUUCCACACACCAUCCUCCCUUGGAUAUGUUGGUCGAUAUGGAAGGAUCGUAACUCCCUUAUUUUCGAAAAUAAACUAUCACAGCCAGAGGAAGUGGCCACAAAGGGAUUAGCAUGGGAAAGGGAAUGGAACAAAGCUCAAACAAACACAAAAGAGCUACAAAGCACCAACCUGCAUACAGAUCGUCAGGAAGACAGAGGACUAGCUGACUCGGGCAGUGAAGUCAUCAUCUGCAGAACGGAUGCAGCUUGGGAUGCAGCGAGGAAGAAAGCGGGUUUAGCUUGGAUCUUCACAGGAUCAAAGGAAGUCACCCUCAGUCGAGGAUCUAUGGUACAGAAUUUCGUCGAUUCCCCGCUGGUAGCUGAGGCCCUGGCGGUUCGGGAAGGGCUGUAUACGGCAGUGAAUCAGGAGUUCUCACACAUCCGAGUGUACUCCGACAACUCAACGCUCAUUGGAGCUAUUAACAACAAGACACAAAGGAAAGAUCUGCUAGGAAUCACCAUGGAUAUUCAAGCUAUCUCCUCUGUAUUUGUUUCUAUUGCGUUUUUUCAUAUUCCCCGUAAAGACAACGUCGAGGCCGACCUUUUGGCAAAAGGGGCUCUCAGAAACGAUUUAGUGUAA